AUGUGUGAAGUGAAGCUGUUGGAAAUCGUGGAUGCCUUGGUCAUUUCGUCGACAGAGCUGGGGAUAUGUCGGAACCCGAAAUCACCCUUCGCGUUGGUGAGGUGUGCGUCCAGCUACAGUCAGUCUAGCGCUCAAGACAUGCCACUCAAGAAUGAUGAUUCCAGUGUUGUGAGCCCUGGUAUUCAAACCCAACUGCCAACAGCUCACCAUGUAGAAACCCCUUACUAUGGUAACUUCACCACCACUGUGUUUGACUCAUCUAUCCUGAGUCAACCUGCUCACACAGAACAAGGGCUUUUGAGUACACCACCGCCUUCAUCUUAUGACUAUGUUUCUGCUCCUUCCUUUACUUAUGGUGCUCCCUCUCCGGAUGUGUUGUGCAGCUCACCACAGAAUGGAGUCCUGAGCCCUGGUGUCACUCCACAUGCUUGUGCCACUGAUGCAACUCUGCCAUAUGGCCAGGAAGUCGUGGCUGUGCAGCAGCCACUGCAGCAGCCACAGCAGCACUUGGUGGCCUCCUACUCUCCAGUGCCCUUCACUAACUUGCUCUUCUCCUGUGAGCCCCCAGCACCCACUGUUAACUGGCUGCUCAGCGCUCUAAUGACCCAGAGGGCAGUGACCUUCCCACUGUGCCUCCUGGCAUCCAAUUGUAUUCACUUCAUUUUGGGUGACAUCUCUGUCCACAAUGAAUGA